AUGUGGGUCAUGGACGUGUCAGAUGCAUCUGAAAUGGACGAGCCACUGGUGGAUGUGCUACGGAGUUGCAGGAUGCCCGGCUGUGCGGCGCAGUACUUACUUAGUAGCGACUUUUCAUGGGAAGGCCCCCAAAUCCCACUCCGAUACCUUGUACCAAUGAAAUCAUCAGGUCGAUACCUUGAUAAUGAGGACACUGCGGAGCAAAGUCAUCCUCGUCCUACUCCUCGUUUGGAAAGGGUGGGGAGGGGAGUGUGGAUGAGUAUUAAGUCUAGUCUCCUAAUUCUCAGGUCACUCAGAGACUCCGUAUCUAUUAAGUAUCUACUAGCUGGUAGGGGCCAGGUUGGGUUACAGACUGGUCAGGGGCAGUGCCAGCUCAGCGCAGGGGUCCUGGGGUUAAUUGUUGCUUGCUUGUUCCGGAGUAGAAAUCCGAUUGAGGGAGGCUCCUCUGCUCCCAAGUCAAGUAGGCUAUGUUCCGAAGGGAAUAGAUUGACUGAUACGCCACGUAUGUACCUGAAAUUACAUUACCAUGCCCAAAUCGGCUAG